UAAAUGCAAACCGAGGAAGUGUGUUGUUUACGCAUACGCCGAGUUCAAGAUGGCGGCUGGAGACAACAGCGGCAGGCCUCCGUGCCUAAAUUUCUCCGGCCCCGGUCCUUUGGGAAACAGCCAGCCGAGCAACAGCGUCUAUUCCAUGCCAGCAUCUAAUGGUGGAGCAAUCGGUGCAGGUGGAGGAGCCGCUGGAGUAGCAAGGCGGCCCAACCCGCAGCUGGGGCCUGGUGGAGGAGACAGCAACGGCGUUUCGAGCGGACCACCGCCGACUGCGCAGAACUCCCUGCAGCAGUCCUCUGCGGCAGGUGCUGCGGCAGCAGGGGCCAUGGCCAGCCCGGCGUCUAACAUGGCAGCCACGGCAGCCUCGAACGCUUCUCAGGCUCCGGCACCGACCGCUACUCCGGCCGCUGCGUCGGUACUAGUGUACCGAGAGCCUGUGUACAACUGGCAGGCUACGAAGAGCACGGUGAAGGAGAGGUUCGCCUUCCUGUUUAACAACGAAGUACUCAGUGACGUUCAUUUUUUAGUGGGCAAAGGAAUGGGCGUUCAGCGGAUUCCCGCACACAGGUUUGUUCUGGCAGUGGGCAGCGCAGUGUUUGAUGCCAUGUUUAACGGUGGGAUGGCGACGACAUCCACGGAAAUCGAGCUCCCUGAUGUGGAACCAGCUGCUUUUCUAGCUCUGCUCAAGUUUCUGUACUCCGAUGAAGUUCAGAUUGGGCCGGAGACCGUGAUGACAACACUCUACACGGCCAAGAAGUAUGCAGUUCCUGCUCUAGAGGCUCACUGUGUGGAAUUCCUCAAGAAAAAUCUCAGAGCAGACAAUGCCUUCAUGCUGCUUACACAGGCACGCUUGUUUGACGAGCCUCAGCUUGCCAGUCUUUGUCUGGAAAACAUUGACAAGAACACUGGAGAUGCCCUUGCUGCAGAGGGCUUUACAGACAUAGAUUUGGAUACGUUAGUGGCAGUACUGGAGCGGGAUACCCUUGGUGUUAGAGAGGUGCGUUUGUUUGGAGCUGCCGUGCGUUGGGCCGAGGCUGAAGCUCACAGGCAGCAGCUGCAGCCCACGCCCGAAAACAAACGCAAAGUCCUCGGAAAAGCCCUCACACUGAUCCGCUUCCCUCUUAUGACCAUUGAGGAGUUUGCAGCAGGACCAGCCCAGUCAAACAUUCUCACUGACAGAGAGGUGGUGAGUCUUUUCCUCCACUUCACAGUAAACCCAAAGCCACGCGUAGAAUUCAUAGACCGCCCACGCUGCUGCCUCAGAGGAAAGGAGUGCAGCAUCACACGUUUUGGACAGGUGGAAAGUCGUUGGGGCUACAGCGGUACAAGUGACCGUAUACGGUUCUCGGUAAACAGAAGAAUAUUUGUGGUUGGUUUUGGACUCUACGGCUCCAUACAUGGACCCACAGACUACCAAGUCAACAUACAGAUAAUCCACACAGACAGUAACACGGUGCUUGGCCAAAAUGACACAGGCUUUAGCUGCGAUGGCUCAGCAAACACCUUCAGAGUCAUGUUCAAAGAACCGGUGGAGAUUCUUCCCAAUGUCAGCUACACUGCCUGCGCUACACUUAAGGGGCCAGACUCUCAUUAUGGGACUAAGGGAAUGCGAAAGGUAACGUAUGAGUCAUCAUCCACUGGCGCAAAGACCUGUUUCACCUUCUGCUACGCAGCAGGCAACAACAACGGCACUUCUGUAGAGGACGGACAGAUCCCUGAGGUCAUCUUCUACACAUAGUCACCUUUGACAUCACAAAGAAAUUCCAUUACAUGUGACAGCAUGACACCAGUGCAGGGCCACGUAUGAGUGCUCGUACUGAGGAGCAAUCGUAACAAACGAUUAUCUGCUCCCUCCAUAUAGUGCACUACAUUGGAAGACAGACAGCUGUGAGACGAUGUAGGCCACUACAUGGGGCACGGGCUUUGUAAUUUGAGACGCUUUCUCUCUUUCCCCAUGACUUCCUCUGUCCCUGUGUGUUGUGGCUUUAUUUACUCCACAAAGGGAAGGUGAGAGGGAGGGAGGAGCCCCUCAGGUCAUUGACAGCAUUAAAACUCAACACUGAAUUCUACUCAAUGUUUCCUGCACCUGUACUCCAUAAGGACGGUGUGAAGGAGAGUUGGAAAAAAGUAUGAAUGUACAGUAAGUUGUAUUUGCCAAGUAAAGAUCCUCUUAACGUUUUCAUCACUGACCAGCAUUUCACAGAAUUCCACGUGACUUCCGUAGACCCAGAAACCUCAAAGACUUCAUUACCUGUGGGUGAAUUUGAACCGGGCUUUUUGUUGAUCCUAACAGUGAAAUUGCAAUAAGCAAUUGUAGGUUGUUGAACUCCUGUGACGACCUGUGAUACAUAUGUUUCCUUGAUCUGUAGUUGUCUAUUACAUUAUGAUUCAUUGCACUUCUUGCAUAUGUUCAUUUUUGUUCUAUGGAUGCACAUUGUCUCUUCAUGUUUAUUUAGCUUUGUUUUAAAAAGUGUGGGCAGAAGUAACAGGGUUAUAUAUUGAAGUGGCAUUUAUUAUCUAUAUACUGUAUGUAACUUAAAAGAACUAUUAAAGAUUAAAAAAAUG